UACAUGUAUUCGCGAGGCUUCUCACUGAAGACAUAGCGACAUCCUUGCAUCCGAUUCGAGUGUCUCGCCGGUUCUGUGCAAACCGAGACAAGGAUCGUGCCUUGCGACGACAUUCCACAUGUUUUCACUCAAUAGCGGCAGGUGCAGCGCCCCGGGCUUAGCGCGGACAGCGGAUGACGGUUCUCUUCCUGUCGUGUCAACGACCGCAAGUUGGCAAACAUCAAGUCAGGCGGACACCGAAUCCCAUAGCGCGCCGCUUGUUAGCAUUGGAUCCCGUCGGCGCUCGCUGGAGGCCUCAUCCCGCCCGGCCUGGGUCGCGAACUACAUGGCCGCCCGCGACGAGGAUGGGCCGCAGUCACCACUCGCGGAGCUCCUGCAGGGCGAGCUAGCCCGUGACGACGGUUACUCAAGAACAUCCACAAUCAGCUUCCGGUCAUCUCCGUCAAGCUUGGGCCCGGUCGCGGCGUGGGUUUCCUCGAGGGCAUCCUCAGCCCCCUCCCCACCUGUCUUGUCCAAGGUCAUGUCACCCCAGGAGGCCGGUGCAGGGAGCCCGGGCUUCGCUGCCCGGCUGCCCAUGCUGCGCCUGCCGCGCCCGUCGGAGGGAGGCUCCUCCAUCUCGGCCACGGCCCCGCCGGCCCUGGGGAGCAGCGGCGCCUGCAGCAGCCACUCAUCCCUCUUUGGCAGCAGCAGCAGGGAGUCACUGUCAUCGUCGUCGUCACGAGGUUCGCUCCAGCCGUGCGCCAGCCGCCGCAGGCUGCUCUUGGAGCCUGUGAGCGAGGAUGGGACGGCGGCGGCGGCGACCGAUGCGCUGCUGCCUACCAGUCCCUUCGGCAUCACCACGAGCAGCCGCACGGCCCCCCGGCUCCCCGGCCUCCUGUCAUCCGAGCCCGGUGCGCCCGCCGAGCUACGGCCGCCCACACCCCGUGACAGUGGCUGGGUGCCACUGCCGGCGCAACCGCUGCGGCCCUCACAGCUACAGCCUGCCAUGGCCUGGAUGGGCCGCCGCAAGACCGUGAGCUUCGACACGCGCGCCCCUGCGGCCAUCACGCCGCCUUCAUCGUCACCCAGCUCAUCACUGCGGGGCAUGGGCUGGCCUCGAGCCCUGGCGCUAUCGCAUCUGGCGCAGCAGCACGGCGGGUCGUCAUCCAUGUCGCUGCAUGGCGGCUCGCAGCAGCAGGUGUCGGUGGCGGCGGCACGCAACUCCGUGGCGGCGACGCGGUCGGAGCCGGGCCGCCCGACAGGUGAUGCUGCUGUGGCUGGCGUGCAGCGGUUCGAGGAGUCCGAGGGCGAGGCCGUGGAGGAAGAGGAGGAUGGGGAGGAGGACGAGGGGGAGGAGGACGAGGAGGAGGAGGAGCGGGGGCAAAACGGGGCGGACAGGAGCAUGGGGGGAGUGGCGGCAGCCCCCGGCGCUGUCAAUGACCAACAUGAUGGCGGAGACGAAGACGAUGACGGGGUUUGCAUCGAGUUCGCUUCGUCCGUGGCCCGCCGCCGCUACCAACGUGUGGACAGCUUGGCUGCGGCGCUGGCCCGCAUGCGCCGCCGCAACACGCCCGGCAGCGAGGGCUGGCCGCAGCGGCGCCAGGAGCUCAAGAUGAGGCUGCUCACAUUGCGGCGGGAGGGCGACCCCCUGGGUGUGGUGGAGACGCUGCGGGAUGUGCGCAAGCUGCCCUUCCCUGCGCGCAUCGGGACCAGCUGGCUCAACUGAGACUGUGGUGAUGGUGCGUGGCUGUUUGUGUGCACCGUGUGCCAAUAAAGAUUGAUGGAUGUUACUUCUUAUUGACAUGUAGUUUGUGUGGAUGUUAUGCAUUAUGUCAUUGAUGGGCAUUGAUCCAUGGGGCAGGGCAGACUGCAACGAUGUGAAUGCAGGGUACGUGUGACAGAUGGGCCCGGAUCCGUGGCCAUGGGGCGGCCGUGUUACAAUGCCAAUACGUGUUACGGGAUACAUACUAUUCAACACUUGUCAUUUAUAAUAGCAUGUACACGAUUAUUACAAGCUGGUCCUUGUCAACGCCCUUCGGCAAUUUAAAUAAAGAUACACCCAGAGAUACACCAGGAGAUACACGCGAUAUCUGAUGCAACAUCCACCGUGUUAAUGAAUCAUGAUGAAUGAUAACGAAUGAUCGGUAACGCGGUCAUACGGUAGUCAAUAAUGAAGCUUUUGAAACCGAGUCGGACUUGACGCCGCAGCAGUUCCUCCUGGCGCACGGCGAUGGCGUGUACACGUGUGCGCUCCUGACACCGGAAGAGGCUGUUGUCGACUGGGAGCUUCACAAGCAGCGUCUGAUAAGGUUUCAGAGGGGUUGGACGUGGUUGUUGUCAUGCAAGCACGAGGGGUGAGGGGGCGGGUGUGAGUGCGUGUGAGUUCGACACGCGGGUGAGUGGUGGCACGGAUGUAACCCGCCGCGCACUCUCCGACUCACGUCUUCACAAACAGAGGCAUUGAGGUGUUGAGGUGUUGAGGUGCAGUCUGUUCCCUUCAUUGCCUGCCCGGCCCAAACACUAACACGAUGCGCAUGUGGCGCAGGGACACUCACUGUCCGGGUUCGUGUCUAGCCACGUAACCCCCGCAGCGAAUUCAGCCCUCGGUGCCUUCUAUGGGGCAGCUACUGGCAACAGCGGCGGUGGCAAUGGCGGCGCAACAGCAGCAGCAGCAGGCCCCCAGCAGCCUC